AGGUCCAUGGUUUGAUAUAGGGCCUACGUUCAAAUGUGCCAACACCAAAAAUUUUCUGUUUGAGAAAUAAUUUUAUUUUCACGUUUUGAUGUUUUAUUCGAUUCAAAUACAGGGCUACAUCGAAUAGAGAGUGAUUUUUGAUGAUCUGGCAAGGGGCUGGACAAAGUGUGAUGUCUUCGAAUCAAUGCUGUGUAAUAUUUUAAUCUCUUUGAUAGGGUUGAAGUAUCCAAUUUCUGUCCGUUCAACAGAGACAUCAAAACAGCUGAGGGAUUAGGACGAUGGCACCGACUGAUGAACAUUACAUCACAGCAGAAGAAGCUUUCAGUUUCCUGGACAAUGUUCUGCAUAUGGAAUCUGCAGAAACACGCAUCAGGGGGGAUAAGAUCAUUUUCCUUGGAGAGUUCAUCCAAAGUAUGCAACAUUACAUUCCCUUUCAGACCAUCACAGGAAUCGCGAUUCCUGAUGGGAAACGUCGGUUACCACCAGCAGCUGACAUCAAGGCUGAUAUCGUUUCUAAACUAGGAGGCGUAUGCUAUCAAAUCAAUGUAUUCUGCUGGAUGCUGUUACGCGCCCUUGAGUUCGAUGCUCAGUUGGUGACAUCAGAUGGAUUUCGUUUGAAAGACGCUCACGUUGGUGUCGUCAUCAAUGGCCUAACUGGUAAGAGUUCUAAGCACUUGCUGGAGGUCGGGUCAAGCUAUCCUUCUCGGCGACUAAUUCCUCUAGAUUUUGAAGACUAUUCUCCGGAAUAUUCUGAUUCCUUUUUGAAAUACCGGUUUGUUCGUCAGGGGAAGGGCACAAUAAUAUUCCAGCAUAAACUAAACACAGUAUCAUCGUUGGCACGCAAGUUUCCAGAAUACAUUGAGGGUGAGUGGUUUUCCUUUCUCUCGUAUUAUACCGAACAUUAUGUGAGUAUACCCUAUUUCAACACUCCAAUGACUAAUAUCAUGACUGUAGUCAAUGAAGAAGACUUCGUUCUUACAAGCUUGCGUUGCACAGCCUACCCCAACGGUCGUCUUGUGUGCAUCAAAGAUUCCAAACUCAUGCUGGAGGAUGAAGGGCAACAAGUGCAGUAUUCUCUCUUCCGGUCACGUGACGAGUUUCUAGAAGCUUUUCAGCUUUACUUCCCUCAAUUUCCUGAGAGUAUGAUCAAAGCAGCUAUGAAUAAUGUACGAUUCAAUAAAUAAUAAUAAAUCUAAUUGUUUGCAUCCAAUAUUAUGAAUGAUACAUGAGGGCGGUGGCAGACUCACAUCUCAGACGCUUUGUGGAACUUUAAGAAUCUAUUGAAAAUGUCCUUCAAAUCACAUGGACAGAUAAGAGGUCAUUGUCGAAAGUUGGUGGACCGGGACAGCUUAUCAUGUCAAGAUUCUGAUAGGACAAAAAAGUGCAAAUAAUCGUUUUUCCGCAAGAGUCCAAGACUGCACCGAUUUUCGACAAAGGCAGUGUAUUAUGAAGGGCUUCUACCAAAAUGUUAUCAGUGUUAAAGGAAUCGUCUGCGAAGUGAUUGAUUUAAUGCCCUAAUAUUUGGUUGAAAAAAUUGAAGCAAGAAUUUCUGGUCAUGCAGAAUCCCUUCAAUUAGUCAAUUUGAAAAUGCAAAUCUCCGAGAUGAAGUAGGGAGACUGUAAGGGAGAGUAGCAGACCUGGAAGCGACAUCUGAAGAGGCCGAGCAGUACUCGCGACGAAACUGCAUGUAGCGGUGUGCCUGAAUCCAGUAAUGAGAACACAGACGGAAAGAUCGCUGAGAUAUGCAAGCAGAAUCUCGAGAUCAAGCUUAAAACGUCCGACAUCGACAGAUCCAAUCGCCUGACGAACCAUAGAGAGCUGAAGGAAAGAAUCGACUCCAAGCCCAAGGAAAAGGCGAAUCCACUGCCACGGAACAUCAUCAUAAAUUUUUUUCAACUACAACGCCCGGGAUGCAGUCUACAGGGCAAGAAGCAAGCUAAAGGGCAAGGAUACCUUCAUCUUCAUAAACGAAAAUCUGACAAGGAAGAAUGCCCAGUUCUGGAAAUUGAAGAAAAGCAACCACAAAUAAAUUAUGUUGAAAGAUUUGGGAGAUAAGAAGGGGAAAAUCAUGGAUUUCAAAGUACAAAGCGAUUUACCACCAGCCUAACUGGAACGGGUAGUGUGGUCCAGCGGUUAGAGCAUUGGACUCACAAUCACAAGGUCGUGAGUUCGAAUCCCCACUCUGUCCCCUUCAAAUACCCUGCCCAAGGACGGAUUAUAAAAGAAAAUCUUUUGAAUAUGUUGCUGCCGUCUUAUUUAAUUCGCUCCCUUGUGAUAUACAAAAAUGCACGUCCAUCCGUGCAUUAGAAACACGGUAGAUCAUUAAAAUUAUGACUGUGAUACAUGUAGUUACACUGAAUAACUUGAUGUAAUGAUUCCAUGAUACUUGUUAAUUCACUAAAUAUGUUUUCUGUUUUACAUAAUUAUAAUUAUGUUGCAUACAUUUAAUUGCUAUGAUGUUGAGUUAUUUGUUAAACUGCAGGGCGCCUUUGGAAAGCAGAUUUGCAUAACUGAACAGGCCUACCCUGCAGUAUAAAAUAAAGAAAACAAACGAAUAAAUAAAUAAAGAAACAAAUUUUGCCCGAUGCCAAUCAGCUUAUCCAGGUGCAUCAAAUGCCUACAUAUUUUGUGUUACAUGCAAUGAUUUGCAUCUCUGUAAUUCAAGUACCGGGAUUUUCUAUUCGCAAGUUUCAUGAAAUUGAUAACGCACUUAAGUUGUAUUUCCUUAGUCUAAAGUAACAUGCGUGUCUUAAAAUGCAGUGAUGACGGGGCACUUAGAAAUUGUAAUGGUUGCAUGUUCAUGAAAAAGUAGAAUAGCAACUACAUGAUAGAAUUGUUGGAUAAACAGAGACUGUGGUGGUACUAAGAGGACGGGUAGGUGCUUAAAAUCUGUAAUGAAUCACAACAAUUCCUUUUAAAUAAUUAAAAAAGUCUAAAGAUUUUUAUUUACCCUUUACAAUUCGCACAUUCGAAAAAAAAGUUUAAUUCACUUAAAACUUAAUUUCUUUCUAAAAUCAAAUGUAAAAGUUUCCUUUUGACAUUCUAUACUAGAUAUUUUUGUUUCUUUUCUUACCUUUUAUCUAUUAUCCCAGUUCUGUGGCAUUAGAUAUCGCAUUAUCUCUAAUAUAGUUUAUAAUGAAAUUGUAAAUAAUAUGUCCUUUUUAGAGCACUCGCCAUUCUUAUCAGCUAAACGAAAGUUUUCCGGAAAAAGAGGUUUGCAUUCUUUUCCUCGCCAGACUGAUCUCCUCCCAAAGGAUCUUAUUCUAGAUCUUUGACCGACUCUAGAGUUGAAAAUGUUAAUCAUUCAUUUGGAGACAGACGUUGAAAUUUAUAAGCUGACAGUUAAUCAAUCACGUUAACAGACACGUCUAAAAUAGACAUGAUUUUAAAUUAGGACUUACGUGACGUCAUACGACAGUCAAUAGAGAUUGUACGAUAUCUUAGUGUUACCAACGGCCUAGUUUGUAGGGGCCUAGUUAGGCUAAUGUUGCCAGAAAUCGGAGGUGGCAAACCUGUAACCGAAUUUUAUGUCCCAUAUGAUUUCUGGCCCUCUUUCUCUAAUUACCCUUUCUUAUUUAUUCAACCUAUCACAUAUCUAUUUAACCAGGAGGGGCAACUUCCAUUGACGAGUGGAUAUCAUGCGCGACCACGGGGUCUUGAAAAGCACCCUAAACACGUAUUUUCCAUAUUCUGAAAAUGCACCCCUUAACAAGUAUUGGCAAGUGAAUCCCUACCCUUAACAAGGAUUGGAAACAAAUGCUAUUGGCAAGUAUUCCCAGAAUCGAGCCCCUAAACAAGUACAGCGAUGUAUUUUCCAUAUUCUGAAAAUGCACCCCUUAACAAGUAUUGGAAACAAAACGAUACUCUUGACAAGUAUUCCCUGAAAUGAACCCCUAAACAAGUACAGCGAUAUUUUAUUGUUAUGUCACGGGUCCGUCGAUCGUCGGUUUUACCUUUACACACCAUUAGUUUGGUUUAGUACGGCCCCACCUUCCACACCUCGCGCAAAUCGGACUCUAAACACGUAGUGUUGGGGCAAAAAGGACAUCCUUUAUAAAACAUUUUGAUUUUGUUUCAUCAUCCCCGCAUAUUUGACCCUAAACACGUAUAUUUUUCUGAGCGAAAUAGAUACCCUUUUUUUCAAUAUUUUUGUGUUUUUGACACCCAUAUUACGUUACGUACGUAACGUGCCCUAUCUUGAAAAAGACAUCCUUUUUACGUUUUUUUUUUGGUCGCGCAUGGUAUCUACUCGUCAAUGUAAGUGGCCCCCCGGGCUAUUUAAAGGACAAGGCCACCCCAACAAAAAGUUGAUUUGAAUAAAAAGAGAAAAAUCAAACGAGUAUAACCCUGAAAAUUCAAUCAAAAUCGGAUGUAAAAUAAUUUAAAAUAAAUUUCACAAAACAGUAACACUGUAUAUGCACAUCCUGGUCGGUAUGCAAAAAUGAGGAGACUGAUGACGUCAUCCACUCACUAUUUCUUGUGUAUUUCAUUAUAUGAAGUAAGAAAUGUUCUAUUUUUUCCUCAUUGUCAAGUGGAACAAAGACAAUUCCUCCCUGAACAUGUGGAAUUAGCAUUAUUUCAAUAUUAUAUGGUUCAAUCAAGUUGGCCCUUGUUGUCAAAUCUGUAAAAAAAAUUGAAAUGUUGUAUAAUUCAAACAAUAGAAAACAAUAGAAAAAGUGAGUGGGGACAUCAUCGACUGCCUCAUUUGCAUGUGAGUCGUGCCUAUAACUGUGUUGUGAAAAAUAAGCGAAACUUUAAAAUAUUUUCUUAUUUUACAUCUGAUUUUGAUGAAAUUUUC